CAGCGGAGCGCGGGUAAACAGAAAUCAACAAAUGGCUCAUCUGAGCUUUCAAGUUUAUUAGUGGUAAUAUUUGAGCUCUAUUUAAGGAUGUUAAGUUUAUCAGAUGUACUCUACGUGUAGAUGGCAGAAUCUUUUCGUUAGCCAGGAACAACGAGGGUUUUUAACUACCUAGCUUCACAACAACUGCAAAUGUAUGGUUGAUCGAUGGCCUCUUGGGAAAACAUAUUUAAGUUAUUGUAGCUCACUUGGGAAUUUAUUAGAAUUUGGUUUUCAUCACUGGAGAAAUAGAUGGAUGACUGAUUGGUAAAAAAAGGUUGACAAGGGAUUUUCCAGUUAUGAUCUGUACAGUUUAACUGUUUUGAGAGAAGUUGUAUCACUGUCGUUAGCGUGACUUUUUAAGGUACUGGAAAUAGACGUGAAUGUCUUACAAUGUUUACUAGAGAAAAAGUGAAAGUUGACCCAGCCAAAAUCACUAACAAGAAAGGAAGAAAAGGAAAAAGUUCCAAAGCAGCUUGGGAGACGCUUCUUUCUGGCUCCCGUAAUGAUUCUUCAGGAAACAUUAAUAGUAGAUCACCUUCCCCAGACAAGAGGAAUGGAUACAAGCAUGUGCAAUGGUCUGAUGAUGAUGACGAUGAAGAAGAUGAGUAUGAUAAAUAUAACUCAUCCAUAACGCCAAAUGCUUCUCUAAACUUUUCUGGUGAUCGAUCACAAAGUUUUGAAAGCUUGUGGCAGGCUGCAGCUAAUGGAAGAUCCAGUUCAUCUUUGAACAGAAGCUUUGAAUCUCAACGCAUUCCCAUCUCUGACUUUCGGAUGCAUACUGGCCAGCCCCCAAUACCCAAAGAAAUUGUUGCUAAAAUACGAGAAGGAAGAUAUAUCAACUUUCAGGAAAUUCUUCCAGAAAACCUUGAAAGAGAAACUACUGACAGCAACAAAUCCAUUGAUGAGACUGAAAGAGUGGAUGACAUUACUAAAUGGACUGAUUGCAUGGCUGCUUAUAUUGCAGUGUUUACAUGUGAUCAUCCCAAUCGUAUAAGAGACUUAUUGGCAUAUCAGGGUAUAAUAACUAAGUUAUACCGUGAAUGCCAAGAUAAGAGAGCUUGGCAAAGGUAUGAUGUCGCAUUCAGGCGUAAAGCAUCUCAGAAUGAACUGAAGAACUGGAGCACAGUGGAUGAGAACCUUUGGAUUAUGGCAUCAUCUAGGGAUGCACGAAGAGCUGUCCUUUGCAAGGCUUGUCUUUCUUUGGCUCAUGAUCAAGCUUCUUGUCCAUUUCUUCCCAAAGAGGAAUCUUCAAGAAAGCGGCACUCUUGGUAAGGUUUAAUUCUCAAUUCUUUUAAUUCUCAUGACAAAGCAUUUAUGUCAAGCUUAACAGCAAAAUGCUUUCAGUGUAAGCUGUUCAUUUGUUUAAUAUGUGACUCAUACUUUUAAUUGCUUCAUGAAAGGUUGUCUAAGUCUGCAAAGAGAGAGACAAUGUCAGAGGAAGAGCGUCCACGAUCAGUCAGUCCAACAAGAGGAAAGAGGGGUCCUAAUGAAGGCCUUGAUCUCAAAUUUGCAUUUGGGUAUGUUGGCAAUAUCUAGUUUUUUUUUUUAGAAGGAACUGCUUUCUAAUAUUAGUUGAGAGAUUUCUGUAGAUAUCAAGCCAGAGUGCACAACAGAUUGGUUGACACAUUAUUUUCUUUAGCCAGUAUCAAGUGAAUAUAUGGAAAAGAACUUCAGAAUUUAUUAUAUUUUAUCCCUGAAAAAAUAAUCCUUUUCACAGUCAAUGCUGUACAAUCAACAGAAACAAAGUUCAAUUUUUUCUUGGGAAAGAGGCUGUAAAUAAGAGUAUUAGGAAUGAACUAAACUUGCUAGUACCUGUACUCAAGAAAGCAAUUUCAGUGGCAUUCUUGAGCUCAGGUACCUAGGUAAGUCAGCUAUCCACUAAUAGUUUCAGAUUGUAGUUAGAACUGUUUAUAUUAGUUUACAGCUUUUAAUCUGGUAGGUCUUGUGCUUUUGUUGCCUCACAGGUAUCAUGGAUACAACGCAUGUAACAAUUUAUUCUACACACAGUCAAACGAAAUAGUAUUUCAUGUGGCAGCUCUUGGAAUAGUAUACAGUCCAGCCAGUCAUCAGCAGCGCUUUUAUAAGGGUCACACAGAUGAUAUUCUGUGUCUGACAAUUCAUGAUGACAAAGACUUUGUAGCUACAGGACAGGUCUCUGAAAGUUAAAUGUUUAUCAUAUAUAUUAGUUAACUUUGUUAUUUGCUCAUAGAGCCUAAUGAAAAUUACAUAUACACUGCAGCAAUUUUACACAUUUUUGCUGAUAUCUUCCAUUGUUUUUCAUUAGCAAUUCUUGUAUCCACAUGUACAUCACUGGUUUAGUUGGGUUAAAAAGGCACUAGGGAGGAAAUUUCAAGUUUGCCAUGUGAGAGCCCUGAAAGUCACAACAAUAACAGAAGUCAAAGGAACUUAAGAAUAAUUUUUGAUUGAUAAAGAGUACCUUUAGUUGUGGAAUUUCCAUCCGGACUUAACCAAACAUUUUUAUUUAUUGCUGCACUUUGUCACUUACUUGUUAUUAAAGGUGGGAAAACAGGCAGAGACUCAUGUUUGGGAUGCCAGUUCCAUGAGGACUGUGUCUGUGCUGAAAGGCUUCCAUAGGAGAGGCAUCAUAUGUGUUGACUUCUCAGGUACAGUAGGUUAACAAUAAUUGUUGCCUAUCAAAAGAAGAGUGAAAUUAUAUUUUGUGAGGAUUGUGCUACCGCCAUGUGUAUAUGUUUGCAUGCACCUUAUUUUCAAAUUUUCUAGGUGCUAAUGACCAAGAAUUAACAGAAGUAAGACAUUCUUGAUCCUGUACCGGACACAAAUUGUUGCUACACUGUAAAUGUAGUUGUAUUAUACUGAAAGCAGUUCUCAGUUGGCUUCAAUCUUCUUGAUGUAGGAGAUGGAAAGAAAUUAGCUGAUGUGGGCUUGGAUGAUGACCAUAGCAUCUGUAUUUGGGACUGGAAAAAGGAAGAGAAACUGGCAUCAACAAGAGGUCACAAGGACAUGAUCUUUGUUAUUGAAUGGAAUCCUUUCAACAUAAACUACCUGGUGUCUGUUGGAGAGAAGCACAUCAAAUUCUGGACACAGAAAAGUAAUCAAAUUUGUGAAAUAAGUUUGUCUCCUGGUGAUUGAGGAAAUAUCCAAAUGUACAGUAUGCAACAGUGUAGUUUAUUGGAUCAACAUAGAUGCAUAUUUUUAUUUUAGAUUUUUCACUGUAUGCAGAUGUGAGUACUUUUGGAAGGAACUUAGCAUGUUUGACAAUAACAAUCUUCUCUGUGAUUUUAGAUUCAAAGCUAGAGAAGCGUCCUGUGACAUUUGGUAAAGCUGGUACUGCUGCAACUAUGCUGUGUGUUUGCCAUAGUCCUACAGAUGACUUGUGCUUUACUGGGAGUGAUACAGGACUAGUAUAUGUGUGGCAAGGAACCACUCUUCGUCGCUCAGUGCAAGCACACAAAGGACCUGUUUGUGCCAUGUACUCACUCAGCCAAUUCAAACAACAGGUAUUGUACAAGGCAUUUUAUAGAUAAUCUUAAAAUACAAUUCUUUCCUUCUCUUGUUGCUUCUUGAACACUUAACUAUGACAGUAUUGUUGUUCUUGAAAGAUUGAUUUCCUCAAUCAUAGCCUUACAAAUCAUGUGACACUGUUUUGAGCAAGAUUUACCUAAUUUCUCUUUUGUUUUUGUGAAAGCCAGAUUUCAAUAAGACAUUUGAAAUACUGACCGCAUUUGUUUGUCCUGUGCGUUUGAUAUGCAUCACAUUUUUUGGGGAGAUGUAGUGAUUCAAUAUUCAUACCUAUAUAUGUACCUCUCACUCAUUGUUAUGUAAUUAAGUUAAGUGAGUGGCUUGCAGUCAAACUUCCUUGUUAAACUAAAACCCCUGCUUAUCAUUUCUUCUUCUUCUUCUUCUUUUUCUCCUUCCUCUUCUGUCCUACUGACCUCACUGUCUCUGUCUGUCUAACCAAGCAAUCUUUGGCAGCUGUAAGUUGUUUAGUUUAAUUGACUGUGGUUUUUAAUUUUGUUUAGUUGAUAUCUCAACCUCUCCACUUUUUGUGUUGAAGGUUAUUUUUGCGACAAGGAAAGGAAUCAUUGAAUAAAUCACAGUACCCCUCAAAGAAGGUUGUUAUUGGUUCUGGUAUAAGUAUGGGGCUACAAAAAAUAACUGAAUUCUCUUUGAGAAGAUUGGAACCCUUGACCUUUUUAUGUUUGCAAGAUGAUGUAGUACUUCCAAUCUUUAGUGAACUAAAUAAUGAGCAUGGUCAUUACUUGUUUCAUGCACACUAAGCAUGCUGCAUACUGCUUGGAUUGUUAUUGUUGAAAGAAAUCAUAACACUCCUUGCUUGUAACAUUCAGGGCUAUGUGACUGGUGGAAGAGAUGGUGUGGUUACUAUGUGGGAUCCACUUUUUGAACAAUGUCUUAAAGCUUUCAAGGUGGAAGAUGCUGCCAUGAAUCCAGGCUCAGUUCUUUUGCAGAAUUUGCCACCUGUUAGAGCCUUACACACUGAUGAAGGAAAAAUACUUAUUGGCACCGGAAAUGAUGAAGUUAGUUUGUAUUUAACAUAGUUCUGCAAAGUUUUACUCAUUCUCAGUCGUCAUGAAGUCCAAAAUAACUACAGCUUAGGGUCAUGACAUGUGAUACACAGGGAGUGAUUAGUUAUUCUCUUCUUCACCAGUCCCCACAUCACAUGCCCAGCAUGGUUUGAGGUUGACUGGAAAGGAAUCAGUUUCAAGGAAUCCAUAUAAUUGUGUACUUUAGAUUUGUUGACCAGAAUGUUUUAUUCAUUUUGCUAAGUAAUCACUUAUGAAUUCAUUAUAAGGCCUGGGGCACUUGUUUUAUUUUCGUGUUAUGUGGUUUUGGUUCUUGCAACAUAACAUGUAGUUCAACCUUAAGGUGCGCAGAGGCAGUGAUUUAUUAUUUCAACUAGAGUCCUUAAGUAACAAUGUUUAUCUUCUUUAGAUCAUUGAAAUUGAAGAAGAUGGCAAGAUGACAAUUUUGGUGCAGGUAGCUGUCUUGCCUUAAUUUUCAUCUGAAAGUUGUUGCACGUCAUUUUGAUAAUUCAUUACAUUUUCAUCGUUCUUAUUUACGUUUCAUCAGGGCCACGGUGAAGGGGAGGUGUGGGGCCUAGACACGCAUCCAGCAGAUGAUGAGUGCAUGACCGUCAGUGAUGACAAGACACUUAGAGUCUGGGACCUAACUAAACUGAGACUAAAAAAGGUGAGUUUCACAAAAUCUCUGAAAUUGUUUGAUUUCAUCAUCCAGUUUCUUAAAAGAUGCAAAACACCGAGUCGCAACAUUGGAUUUUGUAAUUAAUUAAGUUAAUUGAAAACAUUAACAUCGAUACAUCUGUUCCUUUUUCUGUAACCUGCGUAGGUAAAGAAAUUAAAGAAAGGUGGUCAUGCUGUGGCAUACUCCCCAGAUGGUACUACUGUGGCUGUGGGUCAGAACGACGGCGGUUUCCUCAUUUUAGAUGCGGAAUCAUUGGAAAAGAUUGUUGGAUUCAAGGACAGAAAGGAGGGCAUUUCCGAUAUCAAGUUUUCACCUGGUAAACUUUCAUCUGAGUUGUUUGUAGCGUAGUGCUACUAAUAUUAGAAAUACUUCAAAGGAUAGCUUGCGAUUAGGCCCUCAUUAUCUGCGUUUCAGGAACGCGCGUUUCUUCGCUUGCGAGAAAGUUUGAGGCUUUGGGCAACGUUAACUAGCGUGAGGUCUGUAAGCGGUCUGGCACUGUUAGUUAGUGCCAGACCCUCCACAAACCUCUCUCCGACCCGAGCGGAGAAAUGGUCGUCUAAUGAGGACCUGUCCGUAUAUUAGUCACAGGAUUACCAAAAAGUUGUCUUAUAGGAAUCUCUCUUCGCGACUGGCAAUCGACUCCUGGCAGAGUCACCUGCAAAAUUUCGAUCGUUAGCGUUUCGAUCAUUUUGCAAAGUAAACCGAAUAUUGUAUUUUUCUUCCUUUUUCGUUCGAAUGGUACAGAAUUAGGUAGGAAAAAAUUGCUUGUGAAUGUCUUUUUGUUUGUAUCUUACUCCCACAGAUGGUAAGUUAUUAGCGGUCGGUUCACAUGACAACUUUGUGGAUAUCUACAGCGUAAGGCGAGGCAGACGAACUGGUGUCUGUAAAGGAAGCUCUAGUUACAUCACUCACUUGGACUGGGACACUAAAGGUAAAAAUGGUAUUUGUUAGUACCAGAUAGUACACGGUUUGAAUUGUUCACGUACAGUUGUCGCUUUAGGAUGCCUUUAUUACUACAUUUCCUCUCAUUUGGUCCAAAACUAUGAUGGACUUUGGCACACGCUCGCUAAGAAUUGUACCUCUUUCUUGAUUAGACAAGUAGUUUCUGGGAACAAUGAAUAGGGGGUAACUUUAUAAAGAAACUGUGGUGCUGCUUCGAUGGGAAAGUAUAACAGGGUAAUUUAGUAUUAACAACUAAGUUGAUAGCGUAAGUUGGCCACCGUAAAGAGUCACAAAGCUGACGUUUCGAGCGUUAGCUCUCCGUCAGAGCGAAUGUUUCUAGGACACUUGUCACAUAUGAACCUAGAACCCAUUCCAUUGCGAAGUCCUCCGCUGUUUCUCAUAUUAUUCAGCAGAUCGGGCGGCGGAAUAGGAACUGGCUUUUGUUUGAAUCCUUAUUGGAACCCAGAUUUUUCUCUGUUCCACGCACUUAAAAAAAUUUGUAAUAUCUUAUUUUAUGAUGAAACUUAGUGGAAAGAUGUGAAUUUCAACGUGAAAGUGCGUCAUUUUUCAGGAAAGCUUAUUCAAACCAACUCCGGAGCCCGCGAACACUUAUUUUACGAGGCGCCAUUUGGCAGUCGAAAGACCAUCAGUGUUCCGGAUAUUGAGAGAUUGCAGUGGUCCACGUUCACUUGUGUCCUGGGUCCAACUGUUAAAGGUGUUUUCCCGCCCGGAAGUGAUGUCACUGAUGUCAACGCCACCUGUCGCUCUAAAGACGGAGGUUUAUUGGCCAGUGGUGAUGAUUUUGGUCUAGUGAAGCUUUUUGAGUACCCAGUGUCGGUAAUAAGUUUUUGAUAAAUAAUUGCUUCCAGUGGUAUUUUGCAUUGCUUUUUUAUUAUUUUACGGAUCAAUUGAAAAGGACCAGAAGAAGUAUGUGUCCAUCUUGAAGUAAUGCACAAAUCAGGAACAACCAAAGAGAUAAACAAAGGAUCCUCAAAGAUGAAAGUACAUUUUUCAAUUGAAUUUUCGGCGGAAAAUUGGACACUAGUGUCCUAAAUCCAAAAUCGGACACUGGUGUCUCAAGUCCAAAAUCGGACAUUGUGUCAAAAAUCCGACAUUGGACACUGGUGUCUAAUACCAUCGCUCUCUCAUUUAGAUAACAUAUGUGGCUUCGUCUCCUAUAGGAGACAUUAGCCACAAAAAUUGAACGUUUGUCUUUUUUUCAGCAUCGUGGAGCACGUGGUCGGAAGUAUGGAGGUCACUCCUCACACGUGACAAACGUUCGGUGGAAUUAUGAUGACCGCGUACUUGUGUCAACCGGAGGUCUGGAUACCGCCGUGCUGGUCUGGGACCGACUGGUUGUUUCAGAAGUUGAUGAACCAGGUGAGAACACUUAAAGUGGUUGAAGCAAAAAUGUGGGAGCAAAAAUUUUGAUUGUUUUUUUUGUAUGUUAUUUUGGUUUCUGGAUCAGAUAUAUCUGAAUUUUCUUUUUUGAGCGCUUAACCCUUACCUUUUCUGCUUUAGACCUAUCCUAAAAUCUUUCAGUCAAGGGGAAAGGUUCAUGCGAUUUUGGAUUGGACAUCGCGUGCAAAGAAAAAAUGUCUCCAAAUGAUAGAUGUUUCUUCCGCCUUUGUCUUUUAAGCUUCUCAGUUGUCAGCUGUUAUCCAAUGAUGAUUUUGUGUGAUUUUGUUUUAUUGAUACUCUUCUCACAAUUGUAACUGUUGUUCACAGAAAAAACCACGGAAGAGAAGGUUCUUGUUCAACCAAAGUUUAUCCCAACUGGACCCAUAAAGAAUCCAAUUGCAAGAGGAAAACCUCAAUGGGACUGAAGCACCUGGCUUGUAUUUAAUUCGUGGUCACUUUGUGGCUGGGUCAAUUGCUCUGCAAAUUAUUGAACAGUUUUAAUCGAGUGUCGAGAGUACUCCUCUUUACAUUCUUAUUUUCUUUCUUUUUUCAUCGAGUUUUUAUAAGCCCGUUGUCUUGCUUUUUUUUGGUCUUGAUGAGCAACUGGCAUUACUUUUGGUUUUACGACACUCAUUCGAAAUGCACUCCAUUAGUGACUUGGGGGUCUUUUACCCUAUGGGCGACUAUUGUAAUCCAGAAUGCAUUGUAUAUCGCGUUGAAUCUUUUUCGUCAGAUUAUGGCAGAGAUCUUGCCCAAAUUCUGAAGACAGCUACGUGCAAUAAUAUAUUCAGUCGCAAUAUGUCGUAUGUUUAUUUAGUCUUAUUUAAAACGAUAUUUAAUUAUGAGAAUCAUUGUCGUUUCAAAGCAAAGCGUGCUUUGAAAGCGUUGAAGAGAAACUCUUACAGUGCGGCGGAAGAUCAAAUUGUAACUAUUCCAUUUUCUGUACAUUCCCUCGAGAGUUCGCUUUGGGUUUCAAGCCUUGUUUUCCCUCAACUCAUUGUACAUGUAUUUUUCCCAGUGGAUAGAAAGUGAAAGAGAUACGAGACACUUUUAUAACUUGCACACAUUAGACAAAUUCAUGUAACAAGAACAUCCUUACUAGUGUUCUCACUUGGUAUGGGUUGUUAAUAAAACGUACCU